GUACCGCAAGAAGACGUCGGUUAUAGCUGUGCAUCCCCCAUCCAUACACUACAACCAUCACAAUGGUCUUUUGUCAAGCGAAAGUUCUUUAACAUCUAAUAACACUUCACUCCCAGAAGCUCGUUUAUCCAGUGAACAAGAUUUGGUGUAUAAGAAUGUACAAGAAGUCUAUGCGAACAAACAGGAAGAAGUGUAUGAGAAUGAACAGGAAGAAGUGUUUGAGAAUGAAGUCCGUGAGGACGAACAAGAAGAAGUUCAAUUCCCCGACCAAGACGUAACGACAGAAGUGAUAUACAGUAAUGUCUCACAGAAGAUCCCGAGGGCACAGGCUGAGACUUACUUAGCAAGGAUCAUCCAUUCCCCGGGCAUCGAGGAGGAGUUCAAGAGUGUUCCGGCCAUCUUGGACAAGAGUUGCUCGCAUGGUAAACUGCAAGACAACCUGAAGAAGAACAGAUACCGAAACAACCUACCAUAUGAUGACACCAGAGUGAAGCUGCCUCUCAUCAACGACCUCCCUCACUCAGACUACAUCAACGCUAACUACGUCCAGGGUCACACGCGGGCAGAGGCGUUCAUCGCUACACAAGGACCCAAAGACUUCAACGCUGACACCGUCGGUGACUUCUGGAGGAUGAUCUGGCACACUCGCUGCUCUCUCAUUGUUAUGGUUGCCAGCCUCAUGGAGAAUGGCAAGGUGAAGGUGGCUCGUUACUGGCCCGAGGGUGAGCAGUUAUUACACAAGGAUGACCUACAGGUCAAACUCAUCUCCACUGAAGUCAAGAUGGACUUCAUCAUACGUACGCUGCAAAUUUCCAAAGAUAAGGAAACGAGAGAGGUGCGGCACUACCAGUACACGUCGUGGCCAGAUCAUGGAGUGCCGCAGAAUCCCUAUGGACUGGCCCAGAUGAUCAACAACCUGACCUUGGAGGCCACCACUGGCCCUGUUACGGUUCACUGCAGUGCUGGGAUCGGGAGGACGGGGACAGUGUUGUUGGUGCUGUUGAUGCUGGACCAGCUCAAUACCAGUGGUUACAUUGACCCACACUUGGCCCUGGUUCACCUGAGGGAGGGACGACCGAGACUGGUGGAGAAUACGGCGCAGUACACCUUUGGUCACCAGGUGUUGCUGGAAGUGUUGUCGGGGGUCACCACCAGCUACAAGUGCAGUAACUUCCCCGAGGCGUUGGAGGUCCUGCGUCUCCCUCAACCUCCCUCCAACACAUCCAUCAUGCACCAACAGUUCCAGAAGUUGAAAAACUUGCCAAAGGAUAUGAGUUUUAAGUUUGGGAAGAACCCAGCUUGUGCCCACCUUAACAGAAGCCAAGACAUUCUACCAGCAGACAACAGGAUGGUGUUCCUGCAAAACUUCGGUGACAACCUGGAGUCCCAGUACAUCAACGUGGUCAGGGUUAAUGGUAUGGACAUGAAGAAUGCUUACCUUGCUGGAGAGCAUCCACAACAACACACACUGGACAGUAUCUGGCGUCUGGUGUACGAGAGACGAGUACCACUCUGGGUAGUCAUCCAUACUUUGCCUCAAAACCACCCAGACUACCCUGACGUAGUCCCGAGCGAGGAGUGGCAGACUAUCAGCAACAUGAAGAUCAGACUCACUGGUCAGCAGGCCUUCAACAACUUCACUGAGUACUACGUACAAAUCACUGUGCCCAAGUCACGAGUUCCAGCGCCCCAUACAUGCGUGUUGUUGUUGAUGGAAGGUUGGCCCUACACUGACCCGCUGCCAGCUUCCCCUGAUCCCCUGCUGGGCGUCGUGGAGAGAGUAGCAUCCCUUGGCACCGGACACAGUGCCAGCCUCUUCACCUGCAAGGAUGGUGUGACGGGGUGUGGGGUCAUGAUGGCGUUGUUACACCUGGUGGCCAGGAUCCAGCUGCUACAGGAGGUGGACGUGUAUCGUGUUGUGCUCAACAUUAUCUACGACAGACCACAAUUCAUCACAACUAUCGAGCAGUACGACUUCCUGCACACGGCUGGAGCCUCCUUCCUGGCUUCCUUCAGAGAGUAUGGCAACUUUAACUAACUACUACCUUGCCACUAGUCAACUAUCCUAAUAAUCACAAGUGCACAGGGUAUCACUGACUUACAGUACCAUGUCAACCUCCGCCAGUCAUGAUUCUGGCCUUGGCACACUAGCAUGCUACACCAGCCAGACACACUAGCAUGCUACACUAGCAUGCCACACUAGCAUGCUACACAAGCAUGCCACACCAGCAUGCUACACUAGCAUGCCACACUAGCAUGCCACACUAGCAUGCCACACCAGCAUGUCACAAUAGCAUGCCACACUAGCAUGCCACACUAGCAUGCUACACUAGCAUGCUACACUAGCAUGCCACACUAGCAUGCUACACUAGCAUGUCACAAUAGCAUGCCACACUAGCAUGCCACACCAGCAUGUCACAAUAGCAUGUCACACUAGCAUGCUACACCAGCCUGCCACACCUCAACCACUGCCACCUUCAACGGACCAUGGCUACUUAGCUGACCAAUCUAAGCCGUUCCAAACAACUUAAGAAACUUAUGUAAUAUGAUAUGAAUAUAAAACACUUGUUCUAAUAA